AUGUCCGGGGACGCAAACCAAGUGCAGACUGACGAUUGGAAUCUGAUGGCCGGUUUCGAUCUGGAGCGCAUCGAAGAAUUAGGGAACAUCACCGACGAGUUCUAUCCUUUACUGGAUUUCAUCAACGUCACAUCGCUGCCAGAUGUCAAUACGACGGAGGAGAUUGACUCGUUUUACUUCUACGAGUAUAUCAGAUUGCGCGGCGAUAGAUCUCUUAGCUCAACAAAAUAUUCAUUGUAUAGUGUUGUUGUAGUAACGAAUUUGGGUUUGAACGAAGGUAUGUACGAAGAUAGUGAUAAAUGCAGAUCAUCACGAAAUAAAACCUCUAAUUUCACGGAAGUGAGAGAAUUGCUUUUCUUCUUAUAGACGGAGCAAUUUGCGGUACUAUGGCUACUAUUUGCAGUGAUAGUUGCCGGUAAUACUGCAGUUCUCGCCGGACUUCUGCUGGGAAAACGUAGAAAAUCUCGAAUGAAUUUCUUCAUCAUGCAAUUGGCUUUUGCCGAUUUACUGGUCGGCCUAAUAUCCGUGUUAACGGAUAUAAUCUGGAGAACGACUGUUGCAUGGUAUGCGGGCAAUAUAGCUUGCAAACUGAUAAGGUUUAUGCAGGCCGUAGUAACCUACAGCUCGACCUACGUCCUCGUGGCUCUAUCAAUCGACAGAUAUGACGCCAUUACCCGUCCGAUGAACUUCUCCGGCAGCUGGUGGAGAGCCCGAGCUUUGGUGAUUACGGCUUGGACAUUAUCAGCAUUAUUCAGCAUGCCGAUCGUAUUCCUGUACGAAGAGAAACAAAUACAGGAUACGCCGCAGUGCUGGAUCGAUUUAGAUCCGACACAAUGGAAGAUCUACAUGAGCCUAGUAAGUUUUAGCCUCUUUAUAGCGCCCACCCUGAUAAUAGGAGGUUGUUAUACGGUCAUCGUAGUCACGAUAUGGUCGCAAGGAGCAGCGCUACGUCAAGGACCUACCAGAGAUACUCGGAGAGCGUCCUCAAGGGGUCUCAUUCCCAAGGCGAAAAUCAAGACCGUAAAAAUGACCUUCGUCAUAGUAUUCGUAUUUAUCCUUUGCUGGAGUCCAUACAUAGUCUUCGACCUUCUUCAAGUUUAUGGGCAUAUACGAAAGACUCAGACAAAUAUUGCAGUCGCUACCUUCAUACAAAGUUUAACACCACUCAAUUCGGCCGCUAAUCCAAUCAUCUACUGCCUUUUCAGUACACCUUUCUGCAAAACCGUACGGAACAUGCAGGCAAUCUCCUGGAUUUCGGGUUGGUGCCCGACGAAUUCGCAACACUGCUUUGGUACCGGGGCGACGACUAGCAGUACAAGGACAACCGUGACGACAUCCUUAACGGCCCAUUCCUCUCGCAGAAGCGGACACUUUACUAUGUUGCACUCUACAUCGCGAAAACGCGUUAUGGUCUCCCUAGUUUAA